AUGGAUUCAGAUGAGGUAAAGGGAAGUUUCCUGAGCUGAUCUAUUACAUUCAUUUCAGGUUCGGAAGCGUAAAGAGUAUGCAGAGAGAAAGGUGAAAGAGCGGCAUGCGGCGCUGCGGAAAGAAGCGGAGGAACGGAGGAAGCACACUGUGGAGCACAGAGAAAGGUUUGUUUCGAGUACUUAACUGCUGCCUGAAAUAAUGUCUGUGUGAUGCCUUCUUCUUUAUUUAAAAGAGACGAUGAGACGUCUCUUCUCGUUUUUGUUACGAAAUCUGUCGAUUUUCCGUCUCCAAAUUCGGUCAAGCACUCUUUUUUACAUUCACUCAGCGGCGCGCUAGGGUGUUUCAAGGGCCAAGCCGUGCCAUCCAGCCGACGAGCACCUGCCAUCCACCCUCUUUUCAUAACCCUUCUCAGCGUCGAAGUCAGUUUCAGAGUGCAAAGUCAACUGAAGCGGGAGCAAGUGCUGCUCCAGAAGAGGAUGCAGCAAUUGAACGAAGACGAAGAGCGAAAGAAGGCGACUCUUGCCAAGCAGCACGAAGCGACUUCUCGCAUCGCGGCCAUCACCAAGUCGCCCAAAUCGUUCGCGUUUGGAUCUUCCACUCCACGGACUCUCACUUAUCUGGAUAAACUUCCGAAAAGCGAGCAGCAGUAUGACAAGAAACUUCGUCCGCUCGAUGGUGGCAGUCCUAUCACCACGCCUACUGCUACGGUAUGUCAUUUUCAUCUCUUUGCCCACGAAAAGUUUCAAUUUAUUCAUAACCACUUCAGGAGUCUUGCUUGAAUUUGCGGUAUUUGGAGGUAUUUGAAUGAGUGACUCAAUAAAGUAACCACUAUUUUCCUCAGAAACUCAAUAACUGUUCCUACCUUAUUUGUCCUCAACUCACAAACUUCUCUUGUCAAUUUCUUUUUUUUUCAGAGUCCGACUGCGAAAAUCCACCGCGUCUUACCAACGACUCCGCAGAGAGCUCCUCCCGCAGCCCAUCGCCCUGCUCCGACAAUGACUUCGAUGACAUCCUCGAUGUACGUAACUUCGUCCGCACCGCCUACGAGACAUGCGAAAAUGAUAGCGAAGCCUGCCGUGUCGGCUACGUCGAAGCGUCUCUCACAGGGACCAACCUCAAUGAUGACACAGUCUGUAUAUACUCCGACAAGCCGUCCGGCGACUUCCUCGCGGCUUUCAAUGGGAAGAACGAACCGUGGGGCGACACCCAAUUCCAGCCGGCCGAAUGGUGCGAUCUCUCGAGUUUUCAUGUGCAAUGACGGUUUCUUUUCAGUCACCUCCACUCCUCCGGUUGCCGCUGGCAGACGCUCAAUGGAUGUCAAGAAGCCGCCAAUGCCGCGGAAGUCUAUGCCCAGCAAGAUGGAAACUAAGAAGUUCGUUGCGGAGGCUCCGGCUGCGACUGUUUCGACUGUACCUGUCGAAACAGCUCAAAUUGUGGAAGAAGCAGCCACCGAACAGCCGGUAGUCGCUUCAAUUGCGGAGGAGAGUCCGUCUCCAGUGCAUGAAGAUUCGCCAGUUGAAGAGAAACAAGUGGCUGAACGGGCUGAUAGUGAGAGCACGGAAGUUUUAGUCAAAAUCGAAGAAACUCAAAAAGAGAUUGAAGAGACUCAAUUGAUUCCGGACGUUCCGCUCAUUGAGAUCUCUGAGCCGGUUCAUCAAACUAUUGAAGAACUCGUUCAACAAGAGGAGAAAAAGAUUAUCAUCCCAGAAGAGGCUGUCGAGGAAAUCAGCGAAGCUGCGAUACUCGAGGAAGUCCUCGAGCAAAAGGAGGAAGAAGUGAUUAUGCCAUCAGCCCUGUCGGUUGGGGAACAUCACGAAGAGCCAGUUGUGGUUACUGAGGAAGUGAGAAAAGAAGAAGUAAAAGAAACCGAGGUGGAGGGAGCUGCUCCGAAUGAAGAACUCAUCUCUUUGGCGAACGACGAAACUUCUGAAUCUCAGGUCGGAUCUUCAGUUAACACUUCCCUCACUGACGAGCUCAUUGAGCUCGAAAGUGAACAAAACAGGUCCCACGAUGACCCUUCGAAGCGAGAAGUCUUGGAACUGGUAGGAAAUUGUCCCUCUGUACGACAUGCCCCAAUAACUCUCGUUUUCAGCACUAUCCGAUGCCGGAUGAGUCGAAAGUGACUCCGCCCGUAGCUGCCAACGACCUCGUCGAUGUGUUUGGCAACGAUUUCAUCAACGAGAAUCCUCCACAGCGCAACAUGAAUUUCGACGAGGAGACUGACAGUGGAAAGGCGUCGCCAACGUCUUCGGAAACUUCGUCAACGACUGACGAUGUGACACCGCGCAGUACGAUCGACGAAGUGAAAGCGGCGGCACCGAGAGUGCUUCCACUCGUUCGCUCCGCCGAAGACAUCGCUAGGAAGGAGCGGGAAGCCCGUGAGACGGAGGAACGAAGGAAUCGACUAGCCGAAAUCCUCGCCAAGACGAGGGGAAUGGCAUCUCCGGUGACGAACGCGUUGCCGCCCACGACUGCCACGAUCAACAGUAGGUUUUGGUGUGAAUGAUGCCCGUAAGGGGUCCAGAAUUGGAGUCCCCUCUGCGGCGCUCUUUUCAUUUGGGAAUGCGCGUUAAUCCUUUGUCGAAUUCCUUUUCGGAUCAGUUUCACUCAGAUUCGCCCGCAAGCUCGAUCCCAUGAACCGCAGAACAUUCAUCUAUCUAUUCAUCCAAAUCUGUAUCUCUAUAUCCCGCCCCAUCCUUUCUCUUUCUCUUUUCCGCAUUCAUUGUUAGGCCCCGUAGAUUCUACACAAUCACCAGUCACCUCACCGCCGACCCCUCCAUUACCAAUGCCGUCGGCGGCCGAGCAGCAGCCAGUCGCCGCUUCUUCGUCCGCCACACCAAUGGAAGAGACCGCCGAAAAGGCAUCGAAUGGUGAGCUCGUCGUCUCUUUCCCCGGCAUGUUGAUGUGAACAUUUGCUUGCUUAUUCACCUGAUUUCCGCUUGUCUCCGUCCUGCCAACACUGAUUGUUUCAACGACUGAUGAGCUGAAGAAGCUUCUGAAGGCGUCUUUUAUUCUUCUUCUUCGGCUUCGGCUUCGUAAUUUCCUCUUACUUGUUCUUAGAUUCGGAGAGCGGUCUACUCACUUCGUUGGAGUUCAUUCUGGUGCUUUAUUUCUGUCACGAACCACUACCAUUUCAUUUCUGUCCGAGCUUUACCUUGAUUGAAAACCAUUUCCUAAUCAGUGUCCGUUUUCUCCGCACUCAGUUUUUAAUUAUCUCGUUUGUCGUAAUUGUGUUGGUUUGUCUCGGUUUGGCCUGACAAGCAUCCUGUGAUCCGAUUGUCAUCUCACACUCUUCCAAUCACUUAUCGAUAGUUUCUUUCCAGAAUCUGGAGGCGCCAUCGAUGUGCUCGCCCGUGUGGCUGCCAAGACAAACUUGCCGUCGUUGCAGAAGAUUUUGCAGAGGAAGCAAGGCAGCAAUCCGUCUCUUCAGGUACUCAAUAAUAACUCGUUCCUUAGCGGAACUGUUCACUUUCAGACUUCCGAGUCGAACGGCGGUGAGAUCUACUGA